UACUCAGCGACGUUUGAAAAACGCGCGUCCAAGAGAAGGAAGAGGGGAUCGAGAAACGCGAAGAGGAGGAGUUGGAGACUCAAAUUCAGUCAUAUCCAAUCCUGAAUCCGAUCAACUGUCUACGCGUUUCGCGCGCAUAUUUUGUCCUGCCUUGUUUCUGAGUGUUUAUCAAUGCAGCGAAUUUUUGGACAUUUUUAGACCUUGCAUGAAUAAGUAUGGGGCGAUAGUCGGACCAGUCGUAUGAUCUUACAAUGAAGCGUUUUUUUGUCUUCUUUGUGAAAGAUGUCGAUACGCGUGACACAAUUCAACAAUAUCUACAGAAUGUUGAGGUGGCAAAUAGAGCUUUGUCGUCGAAACUGCGAUUUGCUGGGAAGCAUUUAGUGUCGUUGCUUCCGGAUGAAAAAAUCUACGUUGCUAUUCUCCCCCUUCUUAUGUGCUCUUCUGGUGGCAUUGAAUCACUGCUCACUUCAUGGACUGAAACAAGUUUUGAUUGUUUUGAAACUGAUCUCGACGUCUUGAUAAAUGAGCUGUUGAAGUUUAAAGACCUUUACCAGUUUCCUUCGAACUUGACAAGUGAUGAAGGUAAUAGUGCAGCGCGGUUCCUCCAUGAACUACUGGGAAAGCUACCAGCGGUUGGGACUUACACGAUAGAUAUAGCAGCCGAUGAAUAUUUGUUUGACGAGUUAGAUCUAGAGUCUAAUGUUCAACUAUAUGGUGCCUUACUACGAGCCUGUACCUGGUAUCAUGUCUCUAUACAGUCAUUAAAUGAACACGAGUCUUCUACCAGUUACACCUGGUGGCUUGAUCACCUUGGCAUACAAAGGAGUAAGCUUUUGCAACAGUGGAUAACUGUAUGGAAGGGCCACUUGCAUGUUCCGAAUGGAUCAUCCUUUGGAAAUGUUGAGCUUCAGGUUAAGGUGCAUCGUGAAAAUAUAACAGCCUCUCACCCAGAGUUCUGCCGUGACGGCCAGCCUGAGGUGUUACAUUCCAGCCCUCUGCAUUCACAUACACACAGGAUCUGGAGUUCAGAGCUGGAGAUUCUUGAUGAAUUCCAUAUUGAUACUUUUCGCAUGCAUCUGAUAUGCCCAAUUUUAUUCCGGCUACUCUCACACUCGCAUCAGAGCAGCAAUGUUAGCAGGUUCAUCCAGCAGUGUGGAGAAGAUAACAGAAAGGGAUUCAUCUUGCGCCUGUCUUACUGGGAGGACAAUGAUGUAACUAAGAGGCAGACAAGUCCCUCCAUGCAAGCUUGGAGGAAAGCAGUCCAGCAAAAAACACUGAGCCGCAUUCCACCCAGAAGCCAGGACCCGACGGGGCACUUACAUUUCAUCCUCAUUCCGUCAUUUAACUCCGCUAUGAUUUUGCCACUCUGGAAGGACCCUGCUUAUGUUGAUGCUACUUAUCUCUCAACAAAUGGCAAUUAUUCCCAAGUUUUACCGUCAGGCAAGUUGAGCGAGGCAAUGAAAAGUGUACCUUGCGUACUGACAACUGCUGGAGCAUUGAGUCUCUACAAAGAUAGGUGCUUACAAAUAAGAAGCAAUACUUUAGCAGGGAAUGAAAAUGUAAGCAAUGUCUCGGAUGCCACAGGACUGUUGAGGGACAUCUGGAAAGAAGCCUUUAUCUUGGAGUCUGGUGGAACUUGUAGAAGGGCACUUCCUGCUCCCCUGCCUGCGAGUGAGGACCCAUCAGACUGGCCAGAACGACGUUUCCUUCUACAAAAGUCAUUGCUGUCAUCGAAGCCUACACGGCACCUUGCUCUAUCAAAAAGUGGGGCUAUGCAACCCAGCUCAACAUCAGUAUCUGCUAAGGACAUUUUGAAAUUGUUUAAAGGAUCUGGCGAAGCAAAGCAUGUGUCUAAAGAAACUCUGCAGUAUAUUGAAUGCAAAAUGAAACCAUCUAUCACUGCAGAAAGGCUUGACGCGCUAGCAUGGCCUUACUUACUCCACUGCAAGUACCAUGAUCUGUACUACAAUACAGACACUGAGGAGCUGGAAAGCAGCUGCAAUGCUGCUAAAGAACAGCUAGUCAUGGAUGAAACGUUAACAACAUUCGACUCCAACCUUCUUCCUACUAUUUUUAAGUUAGGCCCUACAACCAAAACGUUAGAAUGUGAAUCUUUGCAAACAAGUCCUCGGAAAAAUUCACUUGCACCUCAUGCACCUCCUGUUACAUUGAGGAGAAGCCCAAGGAAACGACCUUUGAUCGCACAAAAUGAAGCUGGGACAUCAUCUUCCUCAUUACAAAGGAGGAGCCCUAGGAAACUGUCUACUACACAGCACUUAAGGAAAAGCCCAUGGAAACGAAGUGAAAGUGCACGAGACAUCACCUCCACUAGAAAAACUUCUCACAAAAGUAUGAGGAGAAAAGCACAAGUAGAAGCCUCAAGCAGGACGAAUGAGAAGCUUAAAAUGAAAGUAAGAAUUGCUGUGGCCAAUGCUCUAGAGAGUCAUGGCAUUGCUCAAAAGGACCCGUUGUUCAAUGCUUGUGGGAAGAAACUGCUUAGCAUAUGCAAGACAUUUGCACAGGAUCUUCUUGGCUCUGGCCGAACUACUCAGCAGUUACAACACAUUGCUGACUCUCAUGCAGCACAGGUAAUUAAUUUUGAACGCCUGAAGAUAGACUACAAUGGCACAUGAUGAACUGAAGUUGAGAGAAGAAGUUCUUCUUUUUCAUCUUAGUGUUUGUGUAGGUUCUCUGUUGCCUGUACAGUUUGUAUUGUGGCUGUUAUUUGGCUGCCACUCAGUAAAAGAGUAGCAAAAGCAAUGUGUGUUCCACCAGUUUUGCUUAGGUAUUUUUCAUAGUAUUACAUCUUUGCUCAGUAUCACACCCCCUCAUAUGCAUGUUUUGAAAUGUCCUGGCUGAAAAAUAUG